GUAUGUACCGGAGUCCGUGGAUGUAAACCAUUGUUUUGUAGCAAAGAAUAGCCGCCAUGAUUAGGAUUGAUGGAGGAUUUUUAGUGUGAUACAAAAAUAGAGGUUAUUUGGUGAAAGUUUCAGCUUGGUACUAUCAGGAAUAUUUAUGAUAAUCACCACAUAGACUAUCUGCAACCAUUUAAUUGCCGGCCUUCAAGACGUCGGCCCCAUCGGUGAUCAAGUUGGGUGGUGCUGCGGCAGGCGGUGGUGGUUCGGCAGGUUCAGCGAACCGCGGUGCGGGUGGUCAUCAUCAGCGCCAUGUUGUUAGUGUUAGUGCUUCUUCUGCUGCUGAGAUGGUUCGUACUACGACUACUGCCAGACUUGUGCGAAGUCCUUUCACAGCCACAACUCUCGCCCAAGGCGGGAGAAGUUUUGUGGUCGGUCAGGCACCUUCACCGACUAUCAUUCCGGCGAAUGCCAGCGGUAGACGGAACGCAGCCGCCACCUCCCUCGGAACAUUUAUUCCCCAUCAGACUCAGAAUUCUUUGUCUGAAGAACCAAUGAGUUUAAUCGUGCAGUUGGGAACGACUGUCGUAGCUACGUCUACGCCGCAGAUGUUGGCAUCAAAUUCAUCGGUGACAAUUGCAAAGUCAUCCCCAACAGCCAGUGCCACUUUUCCCGUUGGAAGGAAUGUCAGUCUGAAUUAUCCCCAGGCAGUGAACCAAAUUACGGGGACGGCCCAAAUGCAGCAACACGUUCGCCACACUCAAGUGAUACAGAGACCUAGUACAAAUACUGUUGCAAACAGCAAUGUUAAGGGCGGUAUUAAUUGUAGCAUGCAGCAGUUGUAUGUUCAACAGCAGGUGGUGCAACCACAACAGUCGGCUACAGUGGGAAAAUCUGUAGGAGAUGCGAGGGCAUCGACUAAUGAACAGGGGUUAGAACGUGCAGGAGUUGUAAACGCAGAAGAAGAGAAGGUGGGUUUGGCGGGGAGGCAUAAGUUUCUGAGUAACGUUUCUGUUUCGCAUCAGGCUUUGACAGAAGAACGGAGGAUGGAAAUAGUGAAGUUUGUUCUACAAGAUCAUAACUAUGGAGCACCUCCUCCAGCAUCACCGCCUCUGUCACCAUCACAUCAUGGGAAAUCGAUGAAUGGAGCAGCCAGUGCCGUUACGUUAGGACCUAACAGUCUACCAUCAGGUGGAUCGGUUUAUCAAUAUGGUUCUGGAUUGUUGACUCUCCGUGAUGGGGCCAGUAAUGAUGAUGAUGCUAAUAGUGUGAUUAGCAGUAACACUGGAAGAGAAGUUGAGCCGGAAGGAGAAGAGACUGAAACGGCUCCUGAGGGAGAAGGCGAUGAUGAAGAUAGUGUUACACGUUGCAUCUGUGAUUUUGAACAUGAUGAUGGCUAUAUGAUAUGCUGUGAUAAGUGCUUUGUGUGGCAACACGUAGAUUGUAUGGGUAUAGAUCGAUCCAACAUCCCUGAUGAAUAUAUGUGUGAAAGGUGUCAGCCCCGUCGCGUAGAUCGUCAGCACGCGCGGACGUUACAACUCAGGAAAAGAGAAGAGCUUCUUAACACGGACAGCUCCAGCGACACCUCGUCUUCAUCCUCUGCCGAUAUAGAUGGUGGUGUAAUCAACUCUGCUUCAACCCUGACGUCUAAGAAACAUGCUGCAGCUAACACAGUUUCUAGACAUAAGAGUGAGCCUACUAGUACAAAUAACAAGAAAAAUGUGACAAGCAAUAAUAAUAUGGCCAGUGUUAGAAAACCGCAAAGACAGAGAAGGGAGUCGGCAAAAGAUCAGUCGCAAUCUGCACCUUCAGCUGUGUCCGCUACGCAGAGAAGGGCCAGUUUGGGUCAGAAUAGGAAGAAGGAAACAAGGGCAAGCACAGAAAAUAAAAGGACCCCUGCAAGAAGAAAGAGUAAGGGCCGAACAAGCGAAGACGAGAGUCAGGAUGGUUUGGAUAAAUCAGUGUCUAACUCGGGCACCAUGCUUCAGCUUCGUCAGUGGAUUGAUAACUAUGAAGAAGCUGUUACAAACCAUUAUUCCCCUGAACUGCGUGCUCGAAUCUCAAGUAUAAAGGUGAAUGGGUUUCACUCUGACUUGAAGGCAGGAAAUCUUCAUAGUGUGACCAGUGGAGCAACGAAGUGCAGAGUUUCACAGCUUGCACCAAGUGUUAGGAUUCUUGUUUCAACGACGUUAUUAUCAGCGAACCAGCCAGUGAUAGAGCUGAGGGGAAAGUAUAUGCUUUCUACUCAGCACCGCCCUCCGUCAUUAACCGUCAUGAACAACAGAAGAACCCGUCCACCUCCUGGACCAUUUAUUUUCUUUUAUCGGCUGCCUAAAGAUGGUACAGAGGUAUGCGUAGAUACGAGAACGUACGGUAAUGAUGCCAGAUUCAUACGCAGAUCUUGCAAACCUAAUGCAGAGAUACGUCACUGCAUCGAAAAGGGCAUUCUGCACUUGUAUGUUGUUACAAUAUCCAGCGUAGAAAAGAACUUUGAGAUUACUAUAAGCCAUGAUGGGACACAGGAUGCUUCUGCGUUGUUGAACAAUGGUGGAAGCCCUCAGCAGUUUGUAUGUGCAUGUGGAAAUCCCAAGGAAUGCACAGCACUUAACAGGAGAAAUGGCAUUCAUGAACCAACCGAUAGAGAACGUCGACGACGUGGGAGGAGAACAACUUUAUCUGAAGAUGCCGAUCCCUCGACGGUAUCGUUACAACAACACCAGAACAAUGUAAACAGUGGUAACAGUCAAGGUUUAAUGAACACUAAUAGUGUUGACGGCCUACCUUUGAGGAGAACUUCCACAAGUGCGCGUUCACCUACCAAAAUUCCACAUGAGCAGCCAGAGCAGCAACAACAACAACCGCCGCCGCCACCACCACCACCAAAGCAACAGCAGCAAAAAGUAGAAUCAGACCAUGAUCAGGCAGUGUCAGAUUCAGUUCCUGAUCAACAAGAUAAGAAGAGAAAAUUGACACGUGAAGAACGUAAAAUGGAAGCAAUUAUGAAGGCGUUUGAACGAUUAGAGAAAGCGGAACAACGAAGACAAGAAAAUCAAGCGAAGCAGGCCCACCGUAAGGAGCAUCAGCACGAUGCCGCAAACAGCAGCACGUCUAAGAAGGAACCGGUGUUGGAUACAAAGAAAGUUCCAGUUGAAGUCAGGGAUGAAGGUCCAAGGAGCCAUGGGUCCACUGUUAAGCCUUCUACUGCUGACAGACAGAGGAGGAAGAGGCGCAGAGGUCGUGGAAGAGCAAACAGUACGUCACAGCAUCCUCCGCCUCCACAAAGGAGGAGAACGCGAUUAAACUCCGGAGACUCGGACAUGACGUCUGCAGAUGAAGCUGUUGCGGUUUCGUCUAACACCGGACUUCUUCAUUCCCCACAGGCUUCUUCUACAGUCAGUCAUCAGCCCUCACCAGUGUCGGCAGCUGCAGGCUUGCUGCUGGCUUUGGCCAGUGGCAGUACGCCACACCAAGACUCAGUUCCAUCAUAUCAGCAUACUCCACCACAUCUUGAUAGGUUACCAAGCAGCACUACACCACAGGCGCAAGGAGGCGUAAACCCCACAUUAUUUUGUGACAGUGCGAAUAGCAGUAGUAGUGGUAGCUCGCAAGGCUCCACGCCUCCCACACCUCUGUCUUCGGCCUGCCUACUGGUUGCGGCAGCUGUGGGGCCUCUUGCACCUGGAUUCAAGUUCCCGAAGACAAAGAAAGUUCUGAUGAAUGAAUGGCUUAACAAGUCACCUGAACUUCCAUCAACUCCUUCAUCAACUAUUCCUCCCCCUUUGACAUCUCCCAUCCUUUUACGCCCAAGUGAGCUCACCCUUAAUCCAACAGAUCUCGUAUUAAGUCCACAAGUAGCUGACAGCUAUGGGUAUUCCACUCAUCACUCACCUUCAAAGUCUCUGGCAACUCUUACCCAAGCAGCUAACAGAGUUGCAUUGGGAUCUAGCGCACCAUCAGCACCUCUCUUGUGCCGAACAACUCUUAGCAGUAAGGGAGCACCAUCUGCUCCAGGAGGUGGAGUUGGUUCUGCGAAGAAGAGAUGGCUGCGUCAGGCCAUUAGUGAGGAAUGUGAUUCCCCUACCACAAAUUCUUGUGCCAGUCCAAACAGCAGAACAGGUUCUCCACCUUGCCCGGAUUAUGUUACUCCGUUAAAGAAGCGUCGAUUGGCACGGGAGUCGUUGUCAUCAGAACAGUCUGUGACUCCACCUACAACUCCCACAAUGUUAACUGAUCAUCAUUUGUCAAGCAACUCACCGCUGUCUCAAAAAUGUGCGCAGUAUGAUGUGACCGGUAUGAACUUGGGUGGAUGUGAGGAAGAUGAUACUGUUGCCUCACCAGUAGAUGAUGAAACCCAUUUGAUUAAUGAUGGUGAUUAUGAAGGCAGGGAAGAAAAAUGUGAACAGAAUUUUGAUGGGCAUUGUAGUCCUAUAAAUGAUUGUUAUGCAAGACAAGGUGCUAUCAAAAACGUGCCAGUAACGGACUACCCCACUCACAGUAUAUUAUUACAAGGCGAUGAAAAUGAUGCCAUUAUGAGGGACGGGGGUACAGAUGGCGUAGUUUUAAUUGGGAGGGAAAUCGACCAAUCAGAACAAGAUGACACUGACUUGGAGGAGAAAGAAAAAGAGGAAAUCGAAGAACAUAUUCAGGCAAGAGAGUCUUCGGUGGAUGGUGAAGACGACGAUGAUGAUAAUGAUGAUGAAACUCCAGCUUCUCCAUUACAUGACAUUGAAUCUGAGGCCACACUGAGAGAAAAUAUUGCGGAUGUCAGAUUUGAAUUAUCUGUUAAUUCAAGUGAAGAGACUGAAGAAGAGGGUUGUAGAGGUUUUGAAGAUCAGGAAGGUAUUGGAAACCAUGACGAUAGCAGUAAACAAGGUUGUGAAGAUACUGUUGGCAGUGAAACAGAGAUACUUAAUGGGAACAGAACUGUAGUUGAUGUUAACGUGAAAGAACAAGGCACUGCUAGUAUGGAUUCUUCGGAUGUAACUCUCGUGCAACAUUCCUUCACAAGGAGUGGCAAAGAAGUUGCUGAAAUAUCGUCAUGCUCAGAUUUUUAUCAGAAAAUGCCUGAAGUAACUUUAUCAGAUAUGGAGAGUGGAUAUAUUGAUUCCUGUAAAGGUGAUAUGUCAGUGGAGCUCCAUGAUUCAACAUUGAAACAUCCUCAAGUAUCAAGAGAUGAAACUCUUUCUGCCGCACAAACAUCAGUAGUAAGCUCUGCGACAGCCCAACCCGCAAAGCGCAAGCUUUCCAUAUCUGAAUAUCGUCAACGCAAACAGCGUAACAGCAGUACAGAACUUAAUUCUGGAGGGGUUGAGUGUGAUGUAGGCACUAGAAAUUCGCCAGCUUGUCGAGGGAGUAGGGGUCGUACAGACAGCUCAAGUAGUUCGUCCUCAUCUGUGUCAUCGGAUGAUGACGCACCUAAUGCAGGUGCCUCUGUCGCCAGCAGGAACCUUUUACUUGACAGCUCGCCAACGCUCUCUGCACUCCCACUUUUUCUUCAUACGGAUACAUUGGAUGAUAAAAGAGGUGUUGGGGAAGAAACUUACAUGCGGUGGAACUCCGCUCCAACUCUUGUUGAGCGUCAGAGGGAGAAUCUCACAGAGAGACUACGAAGAGAAUUUGGGCUCUUUCUCAGUGAUGACGAGGAACAAGAAAGAGCACGUAAGCAAGGUUUGGUCCAAGAUGCCAAGGAUGGAAAGAAGAAAGCCCCGCCUCCACUACUUCACCAUCACUGGUGUCUAAUACACAGCAUUCAGUUACGAUGUUACGUAUCAACAAAUUCAAACUUGCCGCCCUCAAAUCGCCAGCCCUUGAGUGGACAAGGAUAUAAUCUGUACACUCUUACUAAUCCAUUGAAAAAUCAAACAUAUGGAUCCUUCCCAGCUGGUCUGGGAGUAAAGGGGUUGCCAAAUGCUGUCACGUCUGUGAAGGGCCUUGCUGUGCCACCUUCAGUGGCAACAGUGUAUCAGUCUUCUGCGGUCAACAGUGGAAGUUGUAAGGCAACACAGAAAUUCCUCCUUACAACACCGCCUCCGCCUCCACCACCGCCACCAAAUGCUGGGAAUACUCAGUUUGUUGUGCAAGGAUCGUAUGGUACAGCAUCAUCAAAUUUAUCUCCUCAGACUGUUAUGGUGGUAGGUCCUGGAAGAGCUAUCCCAAAUAAUGGAACUUCACAAGGAAGUACACAUUUUGUGAAUCCACCUCUGCCGUCUAUAAAUCAUCAGACAGAUUCUUCACCCCAGCAGCAACAGACAGCUCCAGGAAGUACGUCAACCUUCUUUACUGUGGCGGCUGCAAAGGCCUACUACCCCCCACCCCCUCCGCCUCCACCACCACCUCUGCCACCUCGAACUUAA